UUAGGAAACAAAUUCAAUAUUUCACUUUUUACAGUGCGAUAUAUGGAAAUUCUUUGCCGUACAAAUGAAGUCAUAGAGCGUGCUUCUCAUAUUAAUGAUUUAACAGUUGAAGGAAUUUCUGGAAUAAAUGGAUUGGAGUAUGUAAUUGAAACAAUGGUUGAUAAUAACAAUUAUUAUGUGGAAUUCGGCAAAAUCAAUUUUAUGAUCGCUCUACCAGAUAAUAUAGAAAUGGUCGCCUAUAUAAGAGAACCUUUAUUCUUCGAUACCGAAAUAGAAAAAGCUGAAAAUCUCCAGUAUAUAAUGCAAAUGGAAAUAAUAAAUACAUUAAAAUUGCUUAAUAUUAGUAUUCCUCUUCCGGAAGGUGAUGAAGACCGAGUUUUCAUAUACGUACCCACACAUUUGAGCACCCUUGCAGAACCGAGAAGACGUCUUGUUAAACCAGCUCUUAAAAAUAUAAUCAAACGUACAUUAAUAACCAUGUUUAACCAGUUUAAUAUGAAGCAACCAGAAAUAAGAGACACAUCAACUGAUGUUGUCAAAGAUUUGGGACGCUUAAAUUUGACAACCCUUAUAAAAGAGACAAGAGUUUCUGGAACAUCUUUAAAAAAUAAAAUGCGGCGUGCAUUAGGAACUAGUAAUCCUGAAGUUGAUGAUGAACCAAAUGAAUCUUUAUUAUUUCGAUUGUGUCGUUCGUUAGGAUUGUACAUGAGUACACAAAAUCCAACAUCAUACAUAAAUCAUCUUCGAAUUGAUUCCACUAUUUGUAUCAUGUACGAUGGAAUUACACAACAAAGAUACAAACAAUUUAAAGGCAUAUGGUGGCAAAUAGACAAAGAUAACCGUAGAAUACAACUACUUGAGGAAUUAAUAAUAUAAUUUUGACCGGGAAUCAAUGGUUUAACUCAUUUGAAUUUUUAUUAUACUCUUAUUAUUAUCUUCAACAAACAAAAUCAAGCUGUACCUACAUUUAAAAAAUAAAUCAUAACCUAUAUCAUAUCCUAUUUCAUGUAUCUUCAUAUAAUUCUGUUAUGUUUGGAAUAAUCUAUUGUUAUUUUACUGUUUUAUUGGCAAAUGUGUAAUGUGUUUAAAAAAAGUAAACAAGUUAACAAGCAAAUUAUUGUGAAAAAGCGACCUCAAAAAUAUUGUUUUUUUGUGUU